GUAAGCAAUCAGGCAAAUAGACGCUUGCAGUGGAGCAGCGCAGACUUCUUUCUGGAAAGCAGAGCAAUGCUCAGUCUGACAGGCGAGCCAGCAGACCGACAAGGAGUCCGGACAUAUCCUCAGAGCACCAACAGAUGGUAACACCACCAGUGGGUCUACAGAAGCUGACGCUCUCUCUACUGGGUGCGAUUACUGCUGGAUGCACAUCCAACUUCUUCUGUUCCUGGCAGGGGCAGACCCGCAGAUGCACUCAACCACAGGCUUACGUCUCAUCUCUCAACCUGUCUCAAUACUCCCACCAAAGCUGUACCCGCGGGAAGAGAACACACAUGUUCUACUGACAGAGCUACAGGUGGUUUGAGUUUGAGCCUCGCGGACUCGAAGGAAAUAGUUUCUGUGCCGUGAGCUUUGGCGUCUUUCGAGGCAGGAUGUGGCCUGUUGUUGUGGCGUGUGUUGUGUUUGCACUGCCUGGCUUCGGCGAGCCUCAAGAAGCCACCCAACCCCGUGGGCACGGCCAGGGCCAGGAGAACCCCACCACCCCCUGGAGGCAGGUGAUCCAGUGGGAGAACAACGGUCAAGUAUUUAGCCUGCUGAACAGUGGAGCUGAAUAUGUCCCCGCUGGGACAGGAGCCCAGGAGAGAGGACCCAGGGUGGUUGUGUCAGAUGCUCGUCCUCGCAGGCCUCAGGGAGGGAAUGUCCGCCGUCAGGCUCCGUCUAGAGGGUCCUCGGAGACCGUCCGUGGGCAGGCAAGGCAUCCGUUUGGCUUCGGUCAAGUGCCUGACAACUGGAGACAAACUGCAGCUGGCACAGGUGGCACAGCUGGCCAGUUCCUGGGAUCUACUAGCACUCGCUUCAGACCAUCCACAGGCUCUUCAUCGUCAUCAUCUUCCUCUUCAUCAUUUUCAUCAUCCUACCCUCAAUACCCAUUUCCUCAACAGUCUCCUUUUCAACCAGUGCCUUAUGAGCCCGGUUUUGGAGACGGAGCCGUCAGAAGCUACGAGCCUCCCUUCCAGCCUGCUGUGGGUGGAGGUUAUGGUGGAGGAGGUUACAGCACAGGCCUGGCUUAUCCUGGAGCAGGCUAUGGAGGCGGUGUGGCCCCAGUUCUCCCAGGUUCCCCCUCUGAUUUUGAUGAUGGGUACCGUUUUUACCAGUCUUACAGCUACGGGCCCAACCCUGGAGUGCCUCCUCGUGCAGCUCAGCCGCCGUUCACAGAUGGCUUGGACCACAGAUACACCCAUAGUCUCUACAAUGAGGAGACAGGAGCAGCACUCCCCAUCCCUGAUGCCAACCAGGCUGCAUCUGUGUUAGUGGAUAGAACUGGACAAGCCGGUCAGCAGCCAGUCAGAAGCCCCCAGUAUGAACAGUUUCCUCCCUAUGGAAGACCACAGCCUCCCUUCUUGCAGCCUGUUGCAGUCAGGAAUUCUCCAAACUCUGCCCCGGAGAGCCCCAGUAUGAGCGUUGGGAGUGUGUAUCGACCAGAACAGAGAGGUUUGCCCGACCUGGUUCCUGAUGCCAACUACCUGCAGGCCUCCACGUACAUCCAGAGAGCCCACAUGUACUCCCUCCGCUGCGCCGCCGAGGAGAAGUGCCUGUCAAGCUCCGCCUACAACCCUGAGACCACUGACUAUGAUGUGAGGGUCCUUCUGCGAUUCCCCCAGAGGGUGAAGAACAAGGGAACUGCAGAUUUCAUGCCUAACAGGCCACGUCACACGUGGGAGUGGCACAGCUGUCACCAGCACUACCACAGCAUGGACGAGUUCAGCCAUUACGACCUGCUGGAGACCAACACGGGCCGCAAAGUGGCCGAGGGACACAAGGCCAGCUUCUGCCUGGAGGACACCACCUGCGACUUCGGCCACCUGAAGCGCUACGCCUGCACGACCCACACGCAGGGUCUGAGUCCAGGCUGCUAUGAUACGUAUAAUGCAGAUAUCGACUGUCAGUGGAUUGAUAUCACAGACGUGCAGCCUGGAAACUACAUCCUAAAGGUCCAGGUUAAUCCAAAGUUCCUGGUGCUGGAAUCAGACUUCACCAAUAACGUGGUGAGGUGUAACAUCCACUACACGGGGCGAUUUGUGAGGGCGACCGGCUGUAAGCUAUCACAGUCUUGAUCAGACUCUGGGAGGCUGCGGCGCUCGACUGACCCUGGUUGCUCUUCCAUUGAAAUGUGAAUGGAAUUCGUUUGUUGUUGGUUCAUUGUUCGUUGAGGUUGGUCUUUACUAUUUCAGGCUGUUUCGGUGCGCUGGGCUUUUGAAGGGUUCCACGGCCAAUAAAAAGAGCAGCAGCAUUACAGUACACACACACACACGCGCGUACACACACACACACGCGCACACACACACACACACACACACACACACACACACACACACACACACACACACACACAUCACGAACAUGAACCAACGCAUUCUUUCUGUCCCCGCCGUCUCUUUUCCGACCACCUCCAUUUCUCGUAUUGUGUUUCCAUCCCAGUCGGUUGCUUGCUUGGACACACGACUGCUCAAACUGGACCUGAAUGGAAACACCUACCGCAAAUUUGUUGGGUGUGAGUUAGCAAUAAAGCGUGAAACGGUGCCAGUCCAGAAGUGUUUCAGACAAGUCGUGGGUUUCAGCUACAACGCGACAAAACAAAUUAGGGGCAAAGUCUUCCCAGGUGAAUCCGUCUGCCCAGUGACUCAGAAGAACCAUAAUGUGUUAAGUUUGGGUUUUUUCCAGCGCCCCCCCUCCGUGGGUCAGGCUGGGACAGGCUGAUUCUCUGGGCACUUCCUCUUUAAUGUUGUGAUAACAGGAAAGGGACAGGGGGUCACAUUUGCAUUCGUCAGCUCCAUCAAACUGGAAGUCAGCAUACUGGGCACUCCACUUCUCUAAAGCCCCUGCAUGUCCCCGCUUGUCCUUCCUUAUUUCCAUAAAACAGGAACAAACAAGGUGCUUCCAUAAAGCACGUCUCCCAGUAGCGUAUGCAGAGUCCUGGGGUCUCCUGUUCAAUUACCAACACUGGUCAGGUGGCACAUAUGUCACCUACUCUAUACCUUUUGAAGACAUAUAUACAAAUAUUCCAUUGAUGCAUGACUCUAGUGGUGAAGAUGAUUUUGUUGUAACUAAUGGUACUUUGUUUAUCUAUUUUAAACUGUUACUGUAUUUUCUAAAUCAUUGCAUUUAUGUAUGUGUUCAUUUCUUUCAAACUAUUCCAGAUAAGUAUUUUAUGACACAUUCUCCAACAAUACCUUCCAGUAUAUGUUUGUAAUAUGCUAGCAGGUAUUGUUGGAGGAAGCACUACUGCUACAGCCUGGGUAUCAUCAUGCAGGGUGUCAGAAGCCAUCUUUACCUACCUCUCCUGUUAUGUGAGACGAAGUUUCCUGUGGCCUCCCAAAAAAUAAUAUCCUCUAAUCUACUGAAUAUAUAAACAAAUGCACAUGCUGGGACGUAAACGCAAGGCUUGUUUUGACUGACUUGAAGUUCCAGUAUGCAGUAAUGAGACUUUCUCUCACCGACCUCCAUUGGCUCAUUUUGUAGGAAUACAGGAGCACAGGGAAGAAGGUGCAUCUGUUGACAUUGUUAUAAAAUGUAUGUUUUAAAAGGAAGACAGUGAAUGAUCGCUUUUAUUCCAUCACACAUGUGAUGUCACAGUCCUCACACCACUUUUUAGUGCCUCACUGAGUUUGCCCGUGACAGACACUUUUAUAUUAACAAUAACUUCAUACAGCAUUAAUACAAUGGAGAGUGUCUCAUCACAGAAUUUGGUCUUUUCCCAGUUUUAACUCCGUGUGCUGAUCUAACAGCCGAAUGUGUUCUCUGUUCCAUGUGUACUUUGUACAUAGGAUCUGUUGUAUUAUCCAGAGCGUGCAGGUUUUUUUAUAUUGCACUGUAAAUAGGCAGUAGCUGUUUUUUUUUUUGAUCUGUAACAAAUACACCAGCUGGUGAUUAUCCCGUAAGCUUCCUGUGAUUGUGACAUUCAGUGGAAGAACAGCACAGCAGUAGGUGACGAUUAUACAGCAUUUUAGAUGUGGUUUUCUCAAAAAUGUCAUAUACAAUAAAUACUUUACACGUC